AUGAGGCUAUUUCCUUCAAUUUUCACCCUCUUUUUUUUAGAUGGUUUGCGCCUUGCGAGUGCAGCAGUAGUUGGCACAACUAUUACAGCAACACAAUUCAUAACAAACCCUGAAACAAUAAUUUCCUCAAAAGAUGGAAUUUUCAGAUUAGGCUUCUUUAGCCUUGCUGAUUCUUGCAAUCGCUAUGUUGGAAUUUGGUACAAUAAUAUUCCAGGGCCAACCAUAGUAUGGGUUGCUAAUAGAGAUCACCCGGCAAAUGAUUCUUCUGGAGUUUUCAAGAUUGCCAGUGACGGAAAUCUUGUGGUUCUUGAUGGGCAAGGGAAACUAUGCUGGACAACAAAUGUCACUACUGGUCUUGCCUCUCAUCAGUUAGUUGCUGAGCUGCUGGAUACUGGGAAUCUCGUUCUACGAGAAUCAUCGCCGAACUAUAACCACAAUGAAGGAAGGUAUUUAUGGCAAAGUUUUGAUCACCCUACCAAUACGCUUCUGCCGGGGAUGCAAAUUGGCGGGAAUCUUAGAACAGGUGAGAAAAAAACGAUUACCUCAUGGAGAAAUGAGGAGGAGUUUAUAGGCCUGGAUCAUCCUGAUUCAGACUUCAAGUUAGAGAAAGAUUAUUCGAAAGGUACUGUUUUCUUAUCUACUAUAUUAUAUGAGGACAAAUCUGCUUUGUCAAGGAUAGUUUUAGAAUCUGAUGGGAAGUCAAUAGGAAAACAAUGGCACGAGGAGAAGAAACAAUGGCUCGUCAGCUGGUCCUCUGACAUUUAUAACAAAUGCGGGGCAUUCGGUAUUUAUAAGCAAUACUCGAAAACCUGUAGUUGCAUGAGAGGGUUCGAACCAAAGUUCAUAAAUGAAUGGAAAUAUGGGGAUUGGUCAGGUGGAUGCUCGAGGAGAAAAGGUCUGCAGUGUGAGAUAAUAAGCAGUAAAACCGGUGAUCAAAGUAGUGAAAGAAGAGAUUUCAUUGACGCACGUGAAACCUCUGAGCAGUCGGGUUUCAAUCUUCACAUACGCGUUGCCAGUUCUGAACUUGAUGACGAUUAUGGUUAUGGAAGAGAACCCUCAGAUUCAGAGAUGCUAAUUGAAGAAAACACGGAGCUCAGAGUAAUCGAUUUUAAAACACUAGCUGUUGCAACAAACAAUUUUAGUGAGGCCAAUAAGCUUGGGCAGGGUGGUUUUGGAUCAGUGUAUAAGGGAAUGUUACAUGAUGGACAGGAGGAACAAGAGAUAGCUGUUAAAAGGCUUUCUAAAAACUCUGAACAAGGCUCGCAAGAAUUUAUGGUGGAAGUAUUGGUGAUCUCUAAACUACAGCAUAGAAACCUCGUCAGACUGCUCGGAUGCUGCACUUAUGGAGAAGAAAAGAUGUUGAUUUAUGAAUACAUGCCCAACAAAAGCCUGGAUGCAUUUCUCUUCGAUCCUAAAAUGGGAGGAUUGUUUGAUUGGAAAAGGCGGUUCGAAAUAAUCCUAGGGAUAGGUAGAGGGAUUCUUUAUCUUCGUAGAGAUUCUAGACUAACGACUUGUUUAGUCAUCCAUAGAGAUCUCAAAGCUAGCAACAUUCUGUUGGACGAAGAAUUGAAUCCUAAAAUUUUAGACUUUGGCAUGGCAAGGAUAUUCGGAAGCAGUGAACUACUCCAAGCAAAUACAAGAAAGGUUGCUGGAACAUUUGGAUACAUAUCCCCUGAGUACGUAAUGGAGGGAAGACUUUCGGAAAAAUCCGACGUUUUUAGUUCUGGAGUGUUGCUUCUAGAGAUUGUGAGCGGAAAGAAAAACUCUAGCCUCUGCAAUCAGGAACUAUCAUUGAGGCUUUUAGCACAUGCAUGGCAGCUGUGGAACGAGAACAAUGCACUUGCCUUGGUUGAUCCAACAUUGGUGUUGUCCGAACCAUGUUUUGAGGUUGAAAUAUUAAGAUGCAUUCAUGUGGGUUUGUUGUGUGUAGAGGAAUUCGCGAUAGACAGACCAACUAUGGCUACAACACUCUCUAUGCUUACUGGCGAAUUUCAACUCUUCCGGCUCCAAAGAACCCUGCAUUUACUGAAAGACGUGUUUCGUCAGAUUCAAGUUCUUCCCGGAAGAUCUCUGACAUCAAUGUAUCAAUCACAAUCCUUGGAGGUCGCUGACCUAUUUCCUUGA